UGAUGGCGGGAGGUAAGCCGGCCAGCCCCACGCAGUCGGUGGACCCAAUCCUCAGACGCUUCACGACACCGCUUUGCCUGCUGCGUGAGCUUGUGCUUGCCCCCUGCUCCCAUCCGUUGUACCCUUUCUCUCUCCUCCUCUCUGUCUCUUGCUCCGAGCUGUAUAUAAAAAUACUCCCUCUCCUGUAUAUUUCCCGUGUGCAUAGGCGCAGGGGGGAAAAUUCCAGAAAUUGAUUUAUAGUGGGGCAUAUUAGAUGUGGGAGAGGAAAGCAGCAGGAGAGAAGAGAGAGAAGGAAAAGUAUGACAAGGAAAUGAGAGAAAUGGGAGAACAGCCUUCUUAGCCUCUCCCUCCAUGCAUCCUCUCUCCACCACUGCUAUCUCUCAGUAGCAAGAGCAAAGCAAGAGGAGAGCGAGCUAGCGGUACCAGGGAGAGAGUGAGAUCAGUUCCAAGCACAUACAUAUGAGAAGGUACAGCCAUCACUCCCCUCAGGAAUUUCGGGGCCUCUCCUCUUCCGGUCUUUAUCUCCUUGGUUCUGUCGGGCUCUUCCUCGAUUUGUCUCCGGAUCGGAGGAACGGCAAAAAUCUUUCUCGUCUCGCCCCCAUGGUCGCCGCUCGCAUGCUCGAAGAAGGGGAAGGACGAAGAACACUGCCGACCCUAUUCCUAGCAACGGGCCAAAGCGACCAGCUGCAGGAAGGAGAAGCAGUGUUGGCGCGUUCGAGCUGGUGGUGCCAGGAUAAAUCGGGAGGAAGUGAUGGCAUCGAAUUCAUCGGCGGCGUUCUUUGGUGUUAGGGAUGGGGACCAGCAAGACCAGAUUAAGCCGCUGAUAUCACCGCAGCAACAGCUGGCAGCGGCGCUGCCCGGUGUGGCAGGCGGUGUUCCUGCGGCGUCCGGCCAAGGCGCGCCGCCGGCGCAGCCACCGCCCAAGAAGAAGAGGACUAUGCCUGACCCCGACGCUGAGGUGAUCGCGCUGUCGCCCAAGACGCUUAUGGCGACCAACAGGUUCGUGUGCGAGGUGUGCAACAAGGGGUUCCAGCGCGAGCAGAACCUGCAGCUGCACCGGCGCGGGCACAACCUGCCGUGGAAGCUGAAGCAGAAGAACCCGCUACAGGCGCAGCGGCGGCGCGUGUACCUGUGCCCGGAGCCGACGUGCGUGCACCACGACCCGGCCCGCGCCCUCGGCGACCUGACGGGGAUCAAGAAGCACUUCUGCCGCAAGCACGGCGAGAAGAAGUGGAAGUGCGACAAGUGCUCCAAGCGCUACGCCGUGCAGUCGGACUGGAAGGCGCACUCCAAGAUCUGCGGCACCCGUGAGUACCGAUGCGACUGCGGCACACUCUUCUCCAGGAGGGACAGCUUCAUCACACACCGGGCGUUCUGCGAUGCGCUCGCGCAGGAAAGCGCGCGCCUGCCGCCGACGAGCCUCAGCAGCCUCACCAGCCACCUCUACGGCGCCACCAGCACGGGCAACAUGGCGCUCAGCCUCUCGCAGGUGGGCUCCCACCUCACCUCCACUCUCCAGGAUGGCCACCACCACCACCCGUCCGCGGAGCUCCUCCGACUCGGCGCCACGGCCGGCGGCGGCAGCAGCAUCGCCGCGCGCCUCGACCACCUCCUGUCGCCCAACGGUGCAUCCGCCUUCCGCCCGCCGCAGGGUCCGCCGUCGUCGGCUUCCUUCUUCCUCAACGCGGGGGCUUCGGUGGGGCCGGACUUUGGGGACGACGUGGGCAAUGGCCCGCACUCGUUCCUGCAGGGCAACAAGCCUUUCCAUGGACUCAUGCAGCUGCCCGACCUCCAAGGCAACGGUGCUGGGGGGCCCGGCGGCUCAGGCCCCAGCCUCUUCAACCUGAGUUUCUUUGCUAACAAUGGCAACAGCUCGGGGUCCAGUCACGAGCAUGCAAGCCAGGGGCUCAUGAACAAUAAUGACCACUUCAACGGCGGAGCAGGUGGAGGCGGCGGGGGUUCGGAAGCUUCGGAGGCUGGGAUUUUCGGCGGAAACUUCGUUGGUGGUGGAGAUCAAGUUCCACCGCCCGGGCUCUACAGCGAUCAAGCCUCCAUGCUGCCGCAGAUGUCGGCGACAGCUCUGCUCCAGAAGGCGGCGCAGAUGGGCGCGACCUCGAGCGCGAACGGCGGCGCUGCAUCCAUGUUCCGAGGCUUCGUGGGCUCAUCCCCUCACGUGCGGCCGGCGACGCCGCACAUGGAACAGAGCGACGCGAACCUAAACGACCUGAUGAACUCGCUCGCUGGAGGUGGUGUCGGCGCCGGAGGAAUGUUCGGCAGCAGCAACGGCGCCGGAGGCCCGGGGAUGUUUGAUCCGAGGCAGCUGUGUGACAUGGAGCACGAGGUGAAGUUCGGCCAUGGUGGCGGAGACAUGACGCGGGACUUCCUUGGCGUCGGCGGAGGAGGCAUCGUGCGCGGGAUAUCGACACCUAGAGGAGACCACCAAAGCAGCAGCGAUAUGAGCUCCCUGGAGGCCGAGAUGAAGUCGGCCUCGUCCUUCAACGGAGGCAGGAUGCCAUGACCGACCCAUCGGUCGAGCUUAUAAACAAGGCAUAAGCUCGCGCACAGUAAGCAAGAGACUUGAUCAAGCAGAUGCAGUGAGAGAAGAGUAAGGUCAUCGUUAUAUAGCGUAGUAGCAAUCAAUGCAAGUUAUCAACUGAGUCGCAUGAGUGAGUUCAUGCAUGGAUAAAGCUGGCUAGCUUCUUAGCUAGCUUUCAUCAUCCGAAGGGACCUUGGGUGAGAGAGAGGCGUCUUUCUCUGACUAAUGGAGUAAGCUAGAGUGCGAGUUGGACGCAUGUGAUGACCCCUUUGGUCGUGGUGGGGGUUGGUGUUCCUGUUGGUUUUCCCUUGCUUUGUAGUUGGAUAAUCUUUGUUGGAUUAAGUAUAGUUUCUGGUGAUAGAACCAAUAAGGAUGUUUGUAGCUAGCUUAUAAUGAGGGCGUGAAUUGCAGCUUAAUUUGCUUCACUCCCCUCCUAUUUUUUAUUACCUUUUCUCUUUUUGCAAAGCAAUAUUCUCCUUACAAUGUCAUUAAUCGUGCAAGCUGAAAUUCAUGAUAUUUUCUUGUGUCA